AGUGCAAAUAUUAAUUAAAAAAUGGUUAAUCAACCCACUUAACCCGGCAAUCCAACCGGCCGGAACAAACCCUUUACCCAUCAACCCACUCAACUGCGGGCCUAUUCGGCCAUGGAAGAUCGCGAUUCAUCUUCUCUGCGAUUCUCCGCAACACCGCCGACCGGAAAUUCUUAGCUCUCCCCCUCCGCUCUCUCCUCCUAAGAAUGCGUGUCGUGCUCCAAUGGGAGAAGUCGAAGUCGGAGUUUCAGCUCAGCUACGCAAAGUGAUGGCGGCAGAAUGAAGUCUCCGGCAACUGAGACUCACCUGUCGGACAACACCGCAACCAUAGACGGUUCCCUCUACCGCGCUUCCUCGAUUUCUUCCACCACCGCCGCCGUAGAAGAAUGCGCUUGGGCCCUGCGGUUAGCGGAUGAAAAGGUUGCGGAGGAGACCAAGGAACUUGCGGAGAAUCGCAGAGAAGUUGGCCGAGUCGGUGGAAGCGGAGAACGCCGCGGUGAAGUCGGAGAAGGCGUCGGUGGAGUCGAAAUUGAGGGAGCUAGGAGAAAGAGAAGAGGACUUCGAGUCGCUGGGGAGUUACAUUGAGGAAAGAGCGAUUGGAGUUCGGAAGGUUGAAGAAGAAUUGGCAGGGAAGAGGAAAGAACUCGAGGUUCAAGAGAAGGAGAUUGAACGGAAGAGGGAAGAGCUCGAGGAACGCUUGUACCGGUUCCAGAAUCGGGCGAAGGGAUUGGAGGUGGGCCGAAUAGUCCCAGGUGGGGGCGAUUCAUCUUCCGUCGCCGAAUAGUCCCGCAGUUGAACAUAAAACACCAUAUCUCCCGCAGUUCAGCCGGCGAACGAAUCAGUUGGAGGAGUGUCGGCGAGGAGGAGGAUGGUGGACCAAUCGGUUGGAGGAGGUCUGGUCGCCGACGGCAGAAGAAUCGCCAGUCUCCUCUCCUCACGAUUUCGUUCUGGCCGUUGGGGGUAAUAGUCCAAUUGGGGACCGGAUGGGUGAAGGAUUUGUUCCGACCGGUUGGAUUGCCGGGUUAAGUGGGUUGAUUAACCAUUUUCUAAUUAAUAUUUGCACUGAUG